AUGUUCGGGCUCGUUCUCGUUCUCGUCAUCAUGGCGGUCAUGGACGCCAAGGUUCGAAGCAACAACCUAGAUGGAAGCCGAAAAGAGGAGGGGACUCUCGUGUUGCGUGGCGAGAUUGAGGUGCUGGGCAAUGGCCCCGAGGACGGUGCGCAAGGUAUUGUUGUGGAAGGGAGAACUUCCGAAUGGAGUCUGGCGUCCAAGAGGAUCUUGGGUGCGGCAGGCAAGUCUUGUAGCAUGGCCCUGGCGACGGCGGCGACGGCGGACGGCCGGCCUUUGAUGGAUGAGGACGGGGGUGACUUGAUGCCAAGCAGAAUACAGGGCCAAGAAAGCAUCUUUGGCGGCCCAGCAUCGCUGCGAAUCUUGGUCGAGGCGGACGUCGAGUUUGAGCUCGUCUCGCCUUUAUCUGAAACAGCGGUGGUGAGUAUGGACAAGAAGAGGAAGGGAGGAGUAGAAAGUGAUAAGACAGGUGAGAAGAGGAUUGAGCGACCGCGGUUCAUAUGCGAGGAUGAUGCGGGGGUUUUUGGCGUGCAAAUAGAGGAGGACCACAGUCAUAUGGGUGGUGAUGAUGAAGAUGAAGAAGAGCAGCAUGCUACCAUGUCGCAAGAGGAUUGGAGACUGCAGCGAGGUCCAGGACCAGAGCGAGAGAUAGCAAGGUGA